UUAAACACACGAACAAACCAAAGAUAAGAUAAGUUGUAACUUCCAAGAUCGACCUGGGGUGUGCAUAAAAUAAAGCCUCUCCAAAUGGGUACUUGUUAGUUAUACCUAACGGGUGACACUUGUUAUUGCCAAAAAAAAAAAAAAAAUCAUUCGUAUUCUGUAUCUGGUAGUGGCUGUGCAGUGUUGAAGCAGGUGAUGAGCAUUCUCUGCAACAGAGCCUCUCCAACAACCUCAAAGGCUCUACAGAUCAAGAACCUACUCCUCCAAGGCUUCAUCACCUCCAACCAUCUUAAACAUGUCCACGCCUCUCUUCUCCGUCUCGGCCUCGAUCAAGACAACUUUCUCCUCAACUUGUUCUUCCGCUACGCCUUCGAUUUCGGCAACACUUCUUACCCUCUUCUUGUUUUUCGACACACAAAACAGCCCAACAUUUACGUUUGGAAUACCGUGAUCCGUGGCUUGGUUUCCAGCCAUUGCUUUGACGACGCCAUUGAUUUCUAUUUCUCCAUGCGGAGACAAGGAUUCUUGCCAAAUGGUUUCACUUUCCCUUUCGUUUUGAAGGCCUGUGCUCGGCUUUCGGAUUUCCAACUGGGGUUGAGAAUCCACACCCAUGUUGUGAAAGUGGGUUUUGACUGUGAUGUGUUUGUCAAGACUAGUUUGCUUAGUUUGUACGCGCAAACCGGCUACUUGGACCGGGCCCACCAGGUGUUCGAUGAAAUUCCUGAGAAAAGUAUUGUUUCUUGGACUUCCAUUAUAAGUGGUUAUAUUGGCGUUGGUCGGUUCAGUGAGGCGGUUUCUAUGUUUCGGAGAUCAAUUGAGAUCGGUUUGAGGCCUGAUGGCUACAACCUCGUUCGGGUUUUGUCUGCAUGUACUCAGUCGGGAGAUUUAAGUAGUGCGGAGUGGAUAGAUAGAUACUUAACGGAGAAUGGCUUGGGGAGGAAUCUCUUUGUUGCGACAUCUUUGGUUGACAUGUAUGCUAAGUGCGGUAAUAUGGAGAAAGCGCGAAUUGUAUUUGAUGGGAUGCCUGAGAAGGAUGUAGUUUGUUGGAGUAGUAUGAUUCAAGGAUAUGUACUGAAUGGGCCGGCUAAAGAGGCGGUAGAGCUUUUCUUACAGAUGCUUAAAGAGGGUUUAAAACCCGAUUGCUUUGCGUUGGUUGGCCUGUUCUCAGCAUGUGCUCGAUUAGGGGCUCUAGAACUAGGGAACUGGGCAAGAAGUUUGAUUGACAACGAUGAGAUUUUGUCUGUCCCUGCCCUCGGAACGACCCUGAUUGAUAUGUAUGCGAAAUGUGGGAGUGUGGUUCAAGCCUGGGAAGUCUUCAAAGAAUUGAAAGAAAAAGACCUUGUGUCCUGGAAUGCUGCAAUCUCUGGGCUAGCCAUGAAUGGGCAUGUCAAAGCUGCAUUUGGACUGUUUGGCAAGAUGGAGAAAUCCGCGAUUCAACCUAAUGGGAACACUUUCGUUGGCCUUCUUUCCGGGUGUGCGCAUGCCGGUUUAGUUGAUGAGGGCCGCAGGUAUUUUAAUAACAUGGGUAGUUUCUUUGCCUUGGCUCCUUCCAUUGAACAUUAUGGAUGUAUGGUUGAUCUUCUUUCACGUGCGGGCCUUUUAGGCGAAGCUCAUGAGCUAAUCAAAAGUAUGCCAAUGAAGGCUAAUGCCGUAGUUUGGGGAGCGUUGUUGGGCGGAUGUAGGAUACACCGAGAUACCCAAUUGGCAGAACAUGUACUCAAGCAACUUAUUGAGUUAGAGCCAUGGAGUUCGGGGAAUUACGUUCUCUUAUCAAAUAUUUACUCAGCUAGUAGAAAAUGGAACGAGGCGGCAGAUAUUAGAUCAAGAAUGAACGAGCGAGGGAUUCAGAAAGUACGGGGAAGCAGUUGGGUCGAAUUGGAUGGAGUUGUUCACGAAUUCCUCGUCAGAGACAAGACUCACCCAUUUUCGGAUAAGAUAUACGUGAAACUUGAGGAACUAGACAAGGAACUGAAAGCAGCAGGUUAUGUUCCGACGACGGACUUCAUGCUCUUUGACAUAGAAGAGGAGGAAAAGGAGCAUUUCCUUCGUUGUCACAGCGAGAAGCUUGCCGUCGCAUUUGCCUUGAUCAGCACAGCUUCAAAAGAUGCUAUCCGAGUCGUUAAGAACCUCCGUGUUUGUGGUGAUUGUCAUGAGUUCAUUAAGCUAGUCUCAAAGAUUACAGGGAGAGAAAUCAUCAUCCGGGAUAAUAACCGAUUCCAUUGUUUCGUUGACGGGUUUUGUUCAUGUAAUGAUUAUUGGUGAAGUUUCAUAGGAUUCUUUUAUGCUCCACCUUUUUCUGGUCAUAGAGUUGUUCGAAAUUUGUCCUCAAAUAUUGUUUGGCACUAGAAUUGGCCCCUAGAUGAUUAGUUGUUGCAUUACCUAGUCUCCUUAAAGUAAUUUAUAACAUACAGUUAAAAUGUUAGCUACUAUGAUUAGCAAGAGGUCAAAUUUCCAAUUCACAUCCGAACCAGCCUAGUGAAGAGCGUGGGGGUUUUACGUAGAUCCAAGUGCUUA